AGCUCCAACAUCGGUGCAAGUGGGUUGUUAUCAGUGACUAGUUCAAAUUGGGUGGUUCGUGGCAUCAGCUGUGCUUAAUUUGAGGGAAAAUGUCGCAAAACUUUUUCAAAUCCACUCGGAAGAUUAUUGGUGCUGGCGUAAAUUACAAAGAGAUCCUACGCGCCACGAACGGCGCCAAACCGGAGAACCCUGUGAUAUUCUUCAAACCAAUCUCGUCACUCAUUUCGUCGAACGAUGAGGACACCAUCAAGGUCCCGAAGGUGUUUGGAGCAAUCAACUAUGAGGCCGAGCUGGGGGUGGUGAUCGGGAAGCGCUGCAAGAACGUGGCCCCGGACCAGGCGAUGAGCUAUGUGGCUGGGUAUUGUUUGGCGCUCGAUAUGACUGGGAUGGAUUUUAUUUUGGACGCGAGGCCAAAGGGAUUGCCGUGGUGUCUGGGAAAGGGGUUCGAUACUUCGACUCCGGUGAGCAGGUUGAUUCAUCCCGAGGAGCUUGAAGAUCCGACGAAUGUGCGCGUUUGGUGCAAGGUCAACGAGCAGAUGAAGCAGGACGAUUCGACGAGCAAUUUGAUUUUUUCGAUCCCGGAGCUGAUCGCCUUCUCGUCCAAGUACAUGACGCUGGAGGAGAACGACCUGAUACUGACGGGCACCCCGGCCGGGGCUGGCCCCGUCAAGCAUGGCGACGUGGUCGAGUGUGGACUUGGUGAUAUCGUACAAAUGAAAUUCCACAUCAAGGACGAAGAGUAGUCGCACUUGCGUUAUUUUUCCUGUAUUCAUGCAUUUUUUGUUUGUUGUUUUUGUAAAACUGUUAGGGACGUUUCGUUUGUAAAAUCGUGUACAAUUCACAAUUAAUAAAUCUACUCACUAAGCUA